GCAGGUUCAUGUGUCCCAACUGGUCUCUGGAAAAAUAAAUAAAUAAAAAAAUAAAAAAAUGACUGGUCUCUGAGUCCUUGAAACUCGCCAUUCCUUUUUUCUUCUCCCACUUCUGCAGUUUUUUGAGAGGUUUUUCUUUUUCCAUUUUUUCCUUCGUUGUCUCAUGCGCCUGUCUAAGACUUGUCACUCUCCUUAUUGUGGUCCAGAGUCCAAACUCUUAGUUGUGACUGUUGUUGUCACAUCCUCUUUUUGUUUGCUAUCCUUUGUGCAUGUGGCUAACUUCAAACUCCCCCCUCAUGUCCUCCUCACCCCUUUCUCUAUACCUCUCUCUCUCUCUUCUCCAUGGCAGUGGUGGGUCGGUGUCUAUGGCGUGACAACUGCUAUAGUGGUAGCUCUGAACACGCUGUCCAUGGUAACGUGCACGCUCAUCUUGGGGAGCAUUUUGAAAAAUGGAAAGUCGUACGUCUCCGAAGAAGCAGAGGAGGUGUUCAUGGCGUACUGUCGGCGAUUCAUCGACGAAUGUACUGCUGCUGAAGAAGCGGGCGAUCGAACGGGAGCUGACGGAACGCCAGCUCGUGUUCUGCGACCACCAGCUCCAAGAUUGACUUUUGAAACAUUUUGGGAACAAAGAUGUGAGGAUCACUGGCGCCGGGCUUUCAACAUGUUCAGCGGUGGUGUGCUUGCAUUUCUCAUCUGCUUAAUAACAAUAGGGUUGAUCAACUUCAAUUAUUCUAAAACAACAUCUGGUUUAUUUGUGACUAUCGUCUUCGCAUCGUUGAUUGCCUGGUAAGUGCAUGGGCCUGCUGGCCUUUCCUAUCUCCAGACUGAGCUGGCCCUGUUUUCUUAUCCCGCUCCUAUCUUGUUUGUAUUAACUCUCAAGUGACUUCUCUUUGAUCGUUGAUAUGCGGCUCUAUGAGUCGUCCUUGCAAGUACCCAUGAAAAGAAAAAUGUUUGCAAGCAUUAGCAACAUUA